GUGUGUGUGUGUAGCGGUGUGAGGGAUGCCUCGGCAUAGCCGGGCCCGUGACAACGGGGCUGAGCUGAGCCAGCAAACACCCCGAGGGAGGAGAAAAAAAACCCAAGUUGAGGAGCCUUCCACACUCACCAGAGAGGCCACAGGAUCUAUGAUGCCACAGGAUCGGUUGCCUAUGAUUGGCUCCUCUGGGAGUAAGCCAGCAGCCAAGCCGACUAUGACAACCCACCAGCGCCCCUCUCAGGCCGCACGGAGGAAGCGCACCCAGACGGGCCAGACCUCCGCCAACCUUCCCCCGGACAGCAUGACCCCGUGGGGCGGACUGUCCCUAUCCGAAUCCUCCUUCACCAGCAUCCCUCCACCCCCGCCCGCCCCUGUCCCCACACCCCUGCCCCCCCAACUCCCCCGCCACCUGUCGGGGGGUGUCGGUGUCCGGAGCCCUGCCCCCUCGCCCCCAGUCACAGCUCCCACGGAGGGGAGCAGGGCCGUGAGGGUGAGGCGCAGGGUGCCCCCCCAGCACAGGCUCCCCCGUGCCCCCCGCUUGCCCCCACUCAGACCCGUCACCAACCUCAGCUUCUCUCGCAGCUUCACCUUCUCCUUCUUUGAGCUGCCGCUGCACCAGUCCCCCCACAGCCGCGCUGAACGCGUCCGAGACCUCAUGCUGCUGCUGAGACAGAUCCAGUACUGACCGACCGCACUACACCGUGACGCAGAGCAGCGACUCAGUACUGACCACAGCAUGGCUAUUAACUAGGACAAUACUUGACCACUCACCAGGACAAUGGUCCAGCUCUGGUUGCAUCACAAUUACAUCAAGUCCAAGCACUUGCACCGGUGGUCAGGCACGGCCCUUCUGAAAAUGUGGGACUACUGUCCAGUACUGACCGACUUGAUGGCACACCAAGGACCACAACUGGACCAUGGUUAUGUGCAGAUAUUCUGAACCCUUUCUGAUUAACUCAGUCCAGGGAUACUGCUUUUAAAGCACAUUUAUUCUCAGCGUUUGUAUGUUAGUGUGCCCAAUGAUUGGAGUACUAAACAUUUGUAUGUGUGUGUGACGUGUUAAGAAUUUGUUUGUUCUUAUUGGCUGUCUGGAUCUGGGGGUGGGGCUUUGAGACAGUGUAGCACGGGUGUAGCACGGGUUAAAUGAGGUAAUUUAUCAGAUUUAAAAACGUAUCAACAAAAAAAUAACAGAUUAAAAAAAAAAAACAUACCGAGUUAAAACUCCGAAUAAUUGGAUGCUAGAGUUUCAUGUAGUCUGAUAUGCUAAUCAAAGUCUGUCUAAGUUCAUGUUUCUUGCAGUAGUUAUAAUGUGGCAAAUGGUCCCAUUGUCGGUUGGUAAUCAUUCUCUCCCAAGACAUGGUAAUUUAAACAUCUGUAUUUCUCUCUCAAAAUCAUAGGA